AUGCCUGAACAACAGAAGCUGCUUGCAUCGCUCGACGACUCCAUUGCCUCGCGGCUGCCAUCGCACUCGCAGCAGCUCUUCCAGGCCAAGACCGCCCGCGGCCUGACCUUUGCCGAGCUUGCCGACGCCCUCGGCCGCAGCGAGGUGGCCGUGGCAGCCAUCUUUUACGGCCAGGCGUCGCCCUCGACGGCCGAUGCGGCCAAGCUCAAGGAGCUGCUGGGGCUGACCGACGAGCUGACGGCACAGCUGACGGCGGCGUCGUUCCCCGACCGCGGCCGCGCGGGUCCGAUGCCGCCGGUCGAGCCGCUCAUUUACCGGCUGUACGAGAUCGUGCAGAACUAUGGGUAUGCGUACAAGGCUGUGCUGAACGAGAAGUUUGGCGACGGGAUCAUGAGCGCGAUCGCCUUUAGCACGGGCGUUGAGAAGGAGGUCGACGCCGAAGGGAUCACCUGGGUGAACAUCCGGAUGCGUGGGAAGUGCACGGGUUGA